AUGGACACGUUUGUGACAGCGCUCCCAGCUAAACGCAAACCAGAUGGUGAAUCUUCAGAUGUAGCAACUUCAAAAGCAAAGACAAGAAAAUAUGACGAGGCAUAUCUCGCACUCGGCUUCACAAGCACAACAGUGGGUAAGGAGGAAAGACCACAGUGUGUUGUGUGUCUAAAAAUACUAGCUUGCGACAGUCUGAAGCCAAACAAAUUAAAACGCCACUUGGAGACAACACAUCCCGAGCACAAAGACAAGCCAGUGGAGUUCUUCAGAAAAAAACUCGCACACUGUCGUGCACAGCAGAGUCGCUUUACUAAAGCAGCUUCCUUGUCUGUAAAUGCUCAGCUCGCCUCCUACAAAGUUGCCUAUAGAGUUGCUCAGUGUAAAAAGCCACACACUAUAGCCGAGGAAUUAAUACUUCCCUCUGCUAUCGACAUGGUCUCAACUAUGAUCGACGAAGCCACUGCCAGCAAGCUAAAAGUCAUUCCUCUCUCAAACAAUACUAUCGCAAGGCGUAUUUAUGAUAUGUCAAAAGACAUAGAAGAGCAGCUAAAUGACAAGAUACGGGACCGACGCUUCGCUCUGCAGAUGGAUGAGGCGACUGACAGUAAUAAAGACUGCUUAUUGAUAACAUACGUCAGAUUCAUUGAUGUCGAUGAUUUGAGGGAGGAUUUGCUUUUCUGCAAACAAGUGACGAGCAGAGCCACCGCAGACGAACUGUUUAAAAUAAUUGACACUUACUUGAGAGAGGCCGAUCUGAAAUGGGAGGACUGUGUGGGGAUCUGCACAGACGGGGCUCAGGCCAUGGCUGGGAGAAAAGGGGGGCUGCAGGCGCUCAUCAAGCGCGUCACUCCUAACGUGCAGUGGACACACUGUAUGAUACACCGAGAGGCGCUGGUGUCUAAACAGCUGAGUCCUGACCUGCAUGAUGUUAUGACGGAUGUCAUCACUACAGUGAACUACAUUAAAACACGACCUGUCAAAGCACGUAUUUUCUCUGCACUGUGUGAGGAAAUGGGCUCCGACCACACAGCGGUUCUGUUUCACAGCGAGUCCCGAUGGCUGUCACGUGGGAAGGUUUUAUCCAGGGUCUUUGAACUGCGGGAUGAGAUCCGCAUCUUUUUGGAGGGGGAGGAAAAUGAACUUGCCCCCAAGUUUAACAACAACAAAUUCGUCAUGAAACUUGCGUACCUCAGUGACAUGUUUCAAAAACUCAAUGAGCUAAAUCUGCAGAUGCAGGGCAGCAACACACACCUUCCACAUCUGGCAGAUAAAAUCACAUCAUUCACAAGAAAGCUUGAGAUGUGGGAGCAGCAAGUUACAGAGGGAAAUAUAGACUCGUUUGAGAAGCUGAAGUCAUUCAUUGAGGUCAACAAGCUGCAGAACACAGUGAUCCCAUGCAUGAAAGCUCACAUCUCUGCCCUCCAAAAGCAUUUCCAGAGGUACUUCCCAGUGCAGGAUCCUACACAAUAUGACUGGAUCCGAGACCCCUUCAGUGCAACACCACCUGCUGAAUUCAGCACUACAGAGAAUGAACAGUUCAUUGAUGUCACCUCUGAUUCAACAAUGAGGCUGGAGUUUAAGUCUAAGACAUUAGCUGCAUUUUGGAUUGGAGUGGAGAAAGAGUUCCCACUGCUAGGUAAAAGAGCUCUGGCCACACUCCUUCCAUUUGCCACGUCUUACCUAUGUGAGAUAGGUUUUUCUGCUGUGGCCUCGAUCAAGACUAAAUACAGAUCAAAGCUGGACAUUGAAAAUGAACUAAGAGUAGCAGUCUCACAGCUGCAGCCCCGAUUUGAGAAGAUCUGCAUCAUGAAGCAAGCCCACACCAGUCACUGA